AUGAAUUAUUUGAUAUCAUCACUACUUAUUAUCGCUGCUUUAGGGAUCAUUGAAAUCCCUUUAUACCCUAUCUAUGAAACCUCUGAUAAGCAAUUGGCCUACUUUAAACGUGUCCAGCUGAGAAGAAUCCUUAAAGGAUCUGGAGUUCCUAUCGCUAACUAUUUAGAUGCCCAAUAUUACGGUCCUAUAUCAAUUGGAACUCCUCCACAGCCUUUCACAGUUACUUUCGACACAGGCUCCUCCAACUUAUGGGUACCUUCAAGCCAAUGCACGUCUUUAUACUGCUUUAACCAUCAUACCUAUAACUCAGCUGCUUCUUCAACUUAUGUAAAAAAUGGCACAUCGCUUUAUAUUGGCUAUGGCCAAGGCAGUGUAAGCGGCUUUCUUUCUCAAGAUACCCUGAUUUGGGGCGGAUAUUCAAUUAAAAAAGUUGUCUUUGGAGAAAUGACAAGUUUUCAAGGAUCCUCAUGGUCUUACUCCCAAGAAGACGGAACUUUAGGAAUGGCUUGGCCCUCUCUUUCAGCAUAUAGCCUUCCUCCUCCUUUUACUUUAUUAUACAGCCAAGGUUUGAUAUCAAACAACUCUUUUGCAUUUUAUUUAUCAAAAGUUUCUGGGCAGUCUGGAAGCACUCUUACGUUAGGUGGCUAUAAUCCUUCUCUUUCUAAAGGUGACUGGCAUUAUAUUCCUCUCACUAAACAGAUUUGGUGGACUAUUAGCAUAGAUUCUAUUAGCGUAAACGGAAAAGCGAUUUCUGCAAGUGGGAUACUAGGGAUUCUUGAUAGUGGAACAACUUUGCUUGUAGGGGACAGUGUGAUUGUCAACCAAAUCAAUGCAAUGAUUCCAACUGUGGCUCAAGAUUGCUCAAAUCUGUCGAAACUUCCAAAUGUGACUAUUGUCCUAGGAGGGAUUAGCUAUGUAUUGACUCCAAAUCAAUAUGUUUGGCAGAUACCUAAUGAAUCAUGAUAAAUAAAAUAGUGAUGCUGACAGAAGGGACUCAGAGAUGAGGUCCUAUGGAGCAGGUAGGACCCGUCCUGAUGAAGCUGAAAAUAGUACCUCUUUACGUUUUGAAGUUGGCCUUCAUUUGUAGAUGCCUACUGAAGAGGGAAAAUUUUUUUUUCUCACUCCCUCCCCAUCCUUGAUCGAACGACUCGCCAUCGUUCGAUCAAGGAUGGGGGUUAAAAAAAAAUUUUUGGGAAAAAAAUUUUUAUAUAUAAAAUAAUAUAUAUAUAUUUAUUUUUUUAUUUACUUUUAAAUAAGAGGGUUAAGAGUAUUUAAUAAUUAUUUCUACAGCAAAAAUUGAAUGAAUUUUAAAAAACCAAUUUUAAUAUUUUGAUUUAUUAGUUACCCCUUUUAAACUGUAUAAAUUUAAUUUGUUCCUUAUUAAAUUAAAUUUAUUUUUUUAAAUUUUAAAAAAUCUCUAUUUUAUUAAAAUUAUUGAGUUUUAAGCCUAGGUUGAUGACUGGAUCACUUCACACGGUGAUUCCGAAGCUUUUUGUCGUCUCAAAGUCUCUGAAAACAACUUUAUUAUGUAUAUCUUCCCAAGCUUUUGAUAACUAAUAUAGUUAUUGCCCGAGGAUGGCACAAGAUAGCGCCAUCCUCGGGCAAUAACUAUAUAUUUUUAUAUAUAUAAAAAUUUGCAUGAUAUGAAAAUCGUUCGAUCAAGGAUGGGGGUUAAUUUUCCCAAUUUUUAGGAAUUUUUACAGUCAAUGGUUCGAUCAAGGAUGGGGGGGGAGUCAAAGGUUUUCCCUGUUUCUGCCAGAUAGGCUAGAUUGAUUUUGUUUCUCGCUUAGUCUAUGCAUAUCGGGACUAACGGGCAUCCGCUAGAGGCGGCUCUAACCUAGGAGCUAAUUCUUAGGUUAUGUGGGCUACAUCAGAUAGGCAGGCUAAUGGUUUAUCCACUUAUCGCUUUAUAAUUUCAACUUUAACUUUAUAGAUUACGAGAAUAGAAUGGUGACUUUGACGUAAGAUAGACUCUGAGGAGAAUUCCCUUUGGAGCAUGCAGGGCCUAUCCUAUCGAGUUUAAUUCUGGCGCUUUUGUCGCUUUUCAGUAGGCCUUCGGGCUUGUGGAAGCCUGACAAAGAAGACUUUUGCUUGUCCUUGGAGAUUUUCAUAUUCCCUUUAGACAAGACAGAUUUUGCCUACCACAUAAUUUAUCUCUAUCAUAACUAUCUGGGCAAUUUAAGAGGGUGGAGUUGCCCAUAACGCUGAUCUUGGAGAUUUGGUUAAGAUCGGGAAUUCAAAUGAAGCUUUCAUUUCUUUAUAGAAAAUUCCCUUUAAUAGCUCAUCUAUGAGUGAUAUGAUGCUGAGUUCACAAUUUAGUUAGAUCAACAAAAAAAAAUUUCGGUAGGACCAAUUGCAAGCUUGGUGGUAAAUUCGCCCACUUAUGAGACUUUUUUAUAGGAAGUACGUAUAUUUGAACUCCCGAGGUCUAUUGAUACUGACUUUUUGGACCCAAGACAAGGUAAUGGUCAGUGGUUAUUCCUCUUAUGGCUAAUUAAUAACUUAACGUAACUUACUCCUCCGUUUUAAAUUUAACCUCUAAUUUAAACGGAGAUUAAUUGCUUUUUUAAAAAAAUUAUAUUAAAAGUUAAAUUAAUAGAUGCAGCGUGAAAAUUGUUUUAAUAAAAUUCGCACCUUUUCUCGUUAAAUUAGGCUAAAACUAAUUAAAAAAUUUUUUCUAUUAAAAUAAAAAUUCAAAGCCUUAUAGUACCCAAAAAUAGAAAUUUUACCUUUUUAUUAGCUCCAAUUUAAAGGGAGAGAGUUAAUGGAUCAGGAAGUUCGUGCAUGAAUGGGUGGGAAGCUGAAGAUUUUUCAGGUACUGAAGAUGCAAACACGAUCAUUCUUGGGGAUGUGUUUAUGAGGGUAUAUUAUACUCUUUUUGAUAUGGGAAAUUCGAGAAUUGGACUUUCAACUGCAAAUUAA